AGUAGGAAUAAAACAACGUAAAAUGAUCCCACCACCAGUUUCAUUGUUUUGUAUAGCAAUGUAUGUUUAUUCUAAAUCUUUGGAUAGCACAUUAUUUACGAAAAUUGAGAGAACGACGUCAAAUUCAAGUGAAUUGAAAGAGGAAUAUGUAAAUUUUCAAAUUAGUAAAAGAGUCCAAAAGGAAAAUAGAAUAUUUGUAAAUAUUGCUGCUCAAUCAUUGAAGGAGAUGACAUUUUCUCUAAGAAGAACAAUUGGCGAAAGUCAAACGUCAGUUUUGAACGAUCGAUGGACUGAUUUUAUUAACUCGAAGAGAGAAUUUGACGUAGAAAUUGAAGAACAUAAUUGCUCAACUAGUACAGACAUUUGCGACGUUCAAUCUCAAAUCAGCUAUGUUCUAUAUCCAGAUAAAAAGAAUCACUUGAUUAAUAAGCCAAUAAUAAUAGAUUCGUACACUGAGGAAUCUGCGGAAUCAUUGGACGAAUGGUUGAAUAUUUUAAUGAGUAAUCGUUUAAAGAUCAUUGUAUUUAUUGAUUCUGUUGAAGAUUUCAAUGUUUUUCGUUCAGUAAGUGAAGCUAAAACGUUAUCAGUUACAUCCGACUACUCUUCCAGUCUACAAUUUGAAUAUUUAAAUAGUCUUCAGUAUAGUAUUUAUGGGAUUAUUUAUUCAGGAGCAACGAUUGGCCGACAAAUAAGAAGUGAAUAUCUACCGUACGAAACGGAUGUUGAUUACGUAAUGUACUGUUGGGGUGUUGGUGAAAUAUGGAUUUCGUCUAAAAUUCUAUUUAUUAUUUAA